AAUGAAAAAGCGAAGAAAGGGCAUCUUGCCGCAAGAAAAACAGUUCCAACUUUCGGUUCCAUAUGUAGUUAAUUCAGUGAAAAAGCCAAAACCUAAAGUAUUAGAGCCUCAUCAUCACAUUCACCAGUCAAGCAGUUUUUUAAGGGUGAUUACUGAAUUGAAGAGCAAAAGAUGGCAGAACUGAGCCUUGGUAUACUUAUAGAUAUUGUUGAUGAAGAAUGGAUGAGAGAUACGCUGCCUGAUGAUGAUCUUCCACUGCCAGCUGUAAUGGUUGCUCGAACUGAUGAUACUGAAGACUCAAAUCAGGAGACUCAGCAAGUGGAUGGAAACACCUGGCAUGAUCUUGAAUUAAGUACUCAAUGAGGGAAUUGGUUGCUGGCAGUGCUUGGUACCCUCAUAUGAAAAUGUUACUCCCAAUACUUAAUGCUCUCUCUGUCUCAAUCUGUUUGUCUCUCUCUCUAAAUAUGUUGUUGAACUAACAUAUCAUUGGAUCAUGUAAGAAGGUUUGCACAUUAAUUUGAUCAAAAACUAAUUAGGCUGUUUAUACUUGGUGAAUGAUUACUAUGUUUGUGAAGACAACAUUUCUUGAUUUAUCUUAUUCAAAUAGAGCAAAAGACAAGGUUAGUUUGUGAUUA